UCAUUUCGGCUCCAGAUACAGUCGCUUAUGCAGCGUCAUAGUUUCUCCUGCACAAACGAUGGCGGAACAAAUGUCUCUGUUAGGUCUCGAAGACGAGUUAACAUGCAGCAUCUGUUUAUGUCUAUUCGAUAACCCGGUAAGUUUAAUAUGUGGGCACAGCUUCUGCGCCAACUGUCUCGAAGAGACGUGGAAAGACAGGAUUUCGUCUCUGUUCUGCCCUCAUUGCCGAAUGGCAUUCAGCAGUAAACCCGAACUCAAGAAGAACACUGUCCUCGGCGCGGUGCUGGAUGCCUAUAGAGUAAAAGCGGGCAUUUCGGAACCUGUCAAGAAACCAGUUGAAGUGAAAAAGAAGGAUCCAGAUGCGAUUAAAUGUGACAGCUGUAUGGAAGCCACAGCGGUCAAAACUUGUCUGACGUGUAUGGCGUCCUAUUGUGAAGAUCAUGUGAGGCCUCACCGAGAGAAUGUCAUUUUCCGGGCGCAUCAGCUUUGUGAUCCACUGUCAGAUCUGAUGGAGCGUCUCUGUUCCGAUCAUGGCAAACUGAUGGAGUUCUACUGCAUUCACCACCAGAACUGCAUCUGCAGCACCUGUCUUCAGUACAAUCAUAAGGGCUGUGAGUUCGUCACUGCAGAUGAGCGGCGCUUCAAACAAAAGACUGAUCUGACUGACAAACUGAACAUCCUUGAAGGCAAAAUGGACAAGAAUGAACAGGUUAUCACACAGAUGAAGGAGCAGCAAAAUAAAUUAAAGGAUCUAGCUGCAACCCGAAAGCGCAUUCUUGAGGCAGAAUAUAGCCAGAUCAGAGAAAUGAUCGACAGAGAUGAAAGAGAGGCCAUGCUAGCUAUUGAUAAGGAACAAGAGAGAGGUCAGAGCAAACUUGUCUCCUUGAUGAAGAAGUUUAAUGAGAAUAUUGAGAAGAUGGAAAGGACCAAGUCUGAGAUCAGCAGUCUCCUGGACCAGUCACAAUCACUCACAUUUUUAAAGGCCUCCAUAGAUUUGCCCUCAGUGAUAAAUUUCGAGCCCUAUAACCCACGCAUGAAUUUGGACGGUAAAGAGGUGAUUGCUUACCAUUCCUCUGCAGUUGCGCUUAAAGAGUGGAUCACCAAGUUAAUGGAACAGUCAACUGAGAACAGAAUCUCUGUACUAAAACCAGAGUUUGAGAAAUCUGUUCUUGGCACAGGCAACCAAUCACCUGGAAUUCUUGGUGGGACUCCAGCAUUCUUGCCAAAUCCAAGAGAUGUGUCAUAUAUGCGUCCACCCUGCUCUUCCAAACCCAAGGUCCCAGGACCUAAAAAGAAAAAUCCUGACAGGAGGGAUACUAAAGAGAAGCCAAACAGAUCCAGGAAUCCCACUCAAGGGAUAAAUCCAGUUUUCUCCAAAAGCAUGGACAACUUGAAUGAACUCAGACCUAAAACUGUAGACAUAAUUGACAUAAAUCAGCCUGCAAGUUCAUCCACUGUGCAAAACAUUGUUAAAAGGAGUGAUCUACUUAAAUAUGGCACUAUCCUCAAUUUUGAUGUCAGAACGGCUCACAAGCGGAUCUCCCUGUCCGAAAACAACACCAAAGCAACAGUCUCAGAUGACCCUGCAAACUAUCCAGAAAUUCCCCAUCGUUUUUCUGUUUGUUCUCAGGUGCUCUGCACAAAGGGUUUUUCUCAGGGCCGUCAUUACUGGGAGAUCAAAAUGAGCAGUAACAACUUCUGCGGAUUAGGACUUGCAUAUGGAAAAAUAGACCGCAAGGGUCCCUCUAGUCGUCUGGGCCGUAAUGCAGAAUCCUGGUGCGUAGAGUGGUUUAAUGUCAAGCUUUCCGCAUGGCACAACAGCUUUGAGACGGUGUUGGAGAAUCCAAAUCCAAGCCGUGUGGGCAUCUUGCUGGACUGCGAUCAGGGAAGUGCAACAUUCUAUAAUGUGCAGGAUCGUGCUUACCCCUUCCACACGUUUGUGUUCCCUUUUACUGAGGCUGUGUAUCCAGCCUUCUGGAUUUUUUCAAAUGGUUCCUCUGUCUCUUUGUGCAAGCUCAAUAACUGAAUUGAUGUAAUCCAAGGUGAUCAAUUAAUUGAUGUUUAAUUCAUCUUUGGCUGUCUGACAGUCAAGCUAAAAUAUCAAGCUUCAUAAGACAUAGUAAAAUACACCCACAGAGGACUCUGUUCAUGCAUCAAGCACAUUUAAGCUUUUGCAAGGUUUGGUCUUGGUCAUCCAGCAAGCACUGUCUAGCUGCUGUUGAUUGCAAUUAAUGUCCUCUAUGUGUACUGGUUGUUUAAAAAAAAACACACACAACUCAAUUAAAUCUGGCAUGUUAAGUGGUUGUGUCUAUUCAGAAGACUAAAUUUAAACCUUCCAAUUCAUAUAGAUUUUUUUAAAAGUUUUCAAUAAAUGGAUAGGAAAUAAUGUAAAUAGAGUGUGUAUGGAUGUUUAUCAGUGAUUGGUUGCAGCUGGAAGGGCAUCCGCUGCGUAAAACAUAUGCUGGAUAAGUUGGCGGUUUAUUCCACGGUGGCGAACCCAGAUUAAAAGGACUAAGCUGAAAAGAAAAUUAAUGAUGUAAAUAGUUGAUUUGUCAUGUCAAUGGACAUGAAACAUGAUUGAUGUGUUGAUAUUUAAUCAAUUGUGUCAUUGAAAGAUAAACUUUAUAAGAGUGACAGGGUUUUUACUGCAAUAACUACUUGAUCUAUUUGUUAAAUGACCAACCAAAUAAAGCUAAAAAAAAUAUGUAUUUAGGUAGAAAUUAGGUAAGCAGAACAAGGCUGUAUCAGCGUAAUUCUGAUCAAAUUAUGUCAACAGUCUAUAAGUAUAUUUAACAGGCACCACACAAACACAUUUGUCCAAGACUGACAUGAUUAUUAUGAAUAUGAACAUGAGUAUUAUGCAGAGACGAUAAAUAAAUGCUUAAGUUGUUAAAUUUAGUUUGCAAAUGGCACUAUAUUUAAUCUUAGUUUGUUAUCACAUGGUCAAGGUCUAUUUCUAGUGUACUAAAGAUACUGUUGUCUUGUUUCCUGAGCAAAGUUAACUCCAGUCAGAUCUUUUUUAAGCGUGUGAAAUUCAGUCAAUUAUUUUGGAAUAUCAGUAGCCAUUUAUACCUGUAAACCAAACAAAUUCAUUGUAAAAAAAAAAAAAAAAAAAAAAAGAAAUGUUGUGUACUCACUUCUUCUAUAGUCUUACGAGCCAAAUCCAGAUUUUGCUGUCAACUCAAUUUUUCUCUCGUUUUCUGUUC